AUUCUGCUACGAAAAACCCUUCUCCCACUCCCGCUUCUUCUUCUUCUUAUUUUCGCCCUUCGUUCCCUCCAAAAUCUCCGAUUUGCCACUUCGCGAUUCCCAUCUCAACCAAACACUCCAUUUCCAGAAUCAAAAUCUCCAUCUGUUGCAGUAAACGAUGGUCCGUCCAAAGCAGUCUUCUUCCAAGAAACCGAAGAAUCGCGGCAGUAUUGAUUUCAAAAAAAUAAAGCGUAAGAUCGGUCGGAAACUGCCACCACCGAAAAAUGCCACCAACACCCAAGUCAAAUCCAAAGCUAUUGUUCUUCCCGAACAGAGUGUUGCAUCAGAGAGGGUGGGCUUGGCUGUGAGUAGAAAGGGGUUGACAUUGAAAGAGCUUCUUCAGCAAACAUCCCAUCACAAUGCCAGAGUUCGCAAAGAUGCGUUGAUUGGUGUCAGAGAUCUAGCCCUUAAAUACCCAGCAGAACUCAGGUUGCACAAACUUGCCAUAAUAGAGAAGCUGCGUGAGCGCAUCAGUGACGAUGAUAAAGUGGUCCGCGAAACCCUGUAUCAACUUCUGAAGUCAGUGAUUUUCCCUUGUUCUAAAGAGGAUAUCCCUGGACCUAUUAUUUCCUUGAUGAUGGCUUAUGUUUUUAAUGCGAUGACGCAUAUAGCAAUUGAUAUUCGGUUGAUGGCUUUCAAGUUCUUUGACCUUAUCAUUCUGCAUUAUCCAUAUUCCUUUUUCUUGUAUUCUGGAAAGGUUCUCCAGAAUUAUGGAGAUAUUCUACGGAACAGCCAGACCUAUUUACAAGACAAGAGCAAACUCAAGAUUGCUUUUGUUGGGCUGGUUCGCUGCUUGUCUUUGUUGGCUUGUGAUAAGAAAAAAGUUGAUGCAUCAGACAAACAGGUUCCUGAUGUCCGGGGAACAUUGCAUGCUUUUGAGCCUGAGCUACCCCAAGAGCAUAUUGGGGUUUCUUCUAUCACUGAAAAAUUAGAAGAUCUUUUGCCAAUUAUAGUAAACUGUUUCCAUGAAUUCAUUCCACUGGUUCGUAACAUGCCCACUGUUGAAAGUCAAUCAUUUGAUUGUAUGCAAUGCAUACUUCAGAGCAUCAACCUUGUAGUGAAGUUUUUCACUUAUGCGACAAAUAAUCUUCGUGCAAGUUUUGGAAUUUCUAUUCCAUCUCUAUGUAGAGGACCUGUUAUGACAACGUGGGGUGAGAGCUCCAUCCCUGUGAAACUGAAGAAAUUGUUUGAAGUCUUUCCCCUUUACCCGGUGCAUCACUCUGCAGAAAAGGAAGACCGCAGAUAUUUUGCAUUGAAUGUUGGAAUCACUGAAAUCUUCCUUCAACUCAAUGAAUGGAUUGGAUCUCCUACUGUUCUUUUUGAGAAAUUUCUUGGAUUUGUAGAACACGUUUUGUUGCUGCAGAGUACGAGUGAUCCACGGUCUAAUAGAGUGCCCGAAAAGCAUUCAGUUUCAAUUCUUCCAUUUGUUCCAAGACUUGUAUCACAAGCACCAGGCCAUUGGAAAUAUCGCCUUGUGGAGGCCUUCACUAAAGCUUUCAUUGGAUGCAAACCUGAGUCUACAUUGAAUUUGGCAUGCCUAUCUGCAAUAGAAGAAAUGCUGCUUCCUACACAAAGGCAACAUACACUGUUAUUAGAUGCGAGUAGCCCAGACAUCAUAGGAUACCAGGUUAUAUGGAUACGGCAGCUGCCUGAAUUGUUGUUGAGAUUAGGGGAUAGACAGGCUUCUGCUUCAAAGGUGGUUUUGCAUCUCCAACUUCGCUUGGGUCAGUGUGCUCCAAUGAACUCCUCUGUUGCUGAGGAGUAUGAUAACAUGCAAUGCCUGUUGAAAGAGUUCUACAGUUUACGUCUGGACGAUGGAACAAUACACUAUGGCCCUUUUCUAAAACUCCCCAAAGAUUGUCAGGAACUUGCCAUCUGCUGUCUAUAUUACUUCUCAUGGUUUGAUCCAUGUUUACUUGAGUCAUUAGCUUAUUGCUGCCUAUGUGAUAAUUUGGAUCCAUAUGUAAUAUUCCGGAUCAUAGAGAUUCUAGAUUCAGCCUAUAAAGCUGGACACAUCCAGAUGACAGAGCACAUCAGUUUCUUGGUCACUUUAUUAGCACGCUUCAAAGUUUUUCCUGACAAGGUUUGUUUUGGCCGAGAGAGUGAGGAAAAGAUCUCAAAUCGCGGAACUUUUGAGGCCAUCAGCAAUGCAGUUUGCUCUUGCCUUUCUCAGAUGGGUGAUAAUGCUCUUGUUCUUAAGAUAUUGCAGAAAGUCAUAGUCAAUGUGUUGUCCCUCAAGCCGUCUUUAGACAAUAUGCGUGGUAUUUUGAGAAUGAUUGUUAUGCUGGACUGCAGACCCACAAAACUUACAGAGGAGAGUAUUAGAACUUUAAGCUACUCCCUUUCUGACUACUUUAUUAGCGCUGCGUCGUACAUAACAGAGAAUGAUGAUGAGACUGCAGAGUCCGACCAGAAACGCAUCUUCCAAUAUUACAUCCGACCUGCCAUCUUCCUGCUGUGUAGAAGCAAGAAACUCUUGGAUCUUGUGCUGAAUUUGCUGGGGUCCUCAAUAAUGGAACUUCAUUCAACAUUUCCUUCUGGCCAGAACAAGCAAUAUUCUUUUGAACCAUCGAGUAGGGUCCAUGCUGUCACAUGCAUCCUACUAUUCAUGCAUAAGGAUGUGAAAAUUCAACAGUGUAUUUCUUCAUGUAAAGAAGCUGUAAAGCGUAUUUUGCAGAAUAUACUCAAAUUACAGGCUUUAAAUGAAAGCAAUAUGACUCUUCGAGAAAGACACAAAAUACAGCUUGCAUUUGACCGGCUGAGGGCUGAAACGGAUAGAUUACACUCGUGGGAUGCUGAUGAUCUUAAGAAAGUUUCAGAAGUGGAAUGACUUAUCAGUAUCAUUGUUAUGAUGGAAGGAUGCAACCCCCUGGCCAAGAGAGAGAAUUAGAAUGACAGCGGCUUUUACUUCAGAAAGGGGGAGCUGGCAGAGGUGCAAUGGGGUGGGCUGCCAACAUCAUUAAACCCUGCCACAGAGUCUCUAAGGAAAGCUGAGCGGUAGCUGGAUGUAAAUUUUCAAGUAAUGAGCGAUCAGAGGAACAUAAGGUACAUGUUUUUCCCAUUUUACUUUGGUUUUUGAAGGGCUGUGUAUUGCUUUGCUGAAAGGGGGGAUGCUUGGUCCUUUGAAAAUUUUGUAAAACAGAUAGGAGUAGAUGGCCCAUCAAGCCAAAUAGUCAGAUGGGCGAGGCCUUUGGUUUUAUAGUCGUAAGUUAUAUUUCGUUAGCAA